CAGGAACUCGGGCCUUGGCUAGGGACUGACCGAGAUGGGGAGGCCGGCGCACAGGGCCCUGCAUCCUAGCAUCCUGGGCCUUGGUGCGCAAUAACAAUAACGAUAACAUUUCCUGGAAGCUUAAUUUGUGUCAGGCACUGCUAAGCGCCGUACGUUUCUUGGUUAUCCUCCUCACCACAUCUCUGUGAGGCAGAGGUGGAGGAGACACUGAAACGACUUCAGAGCCAGAAGGGUGUGCAGGGAAUCAUCGUGGUGAACACCGAAGGCAUCCCCAUCAAGAGCACUAUGGACAAUCCCACCACCACGCAGUACGCCAGCCUCAUGCACAACUUCAUCUUGAAGGCCCGGAGCACCGUGCGUGAGAUCGACCCCCAGAACGACCUCACCUUCCUUCGAAUUCGCUCCAAGAAAAAUGAAAUUAUGGUUGCACCCGAUAAAGAUUAUUUCCUGAUUGUGAUUCAGAAUCCAACUGAAUAAGCCACUCUCUGGGCUCCCUGCAUCAUUCCUUAAUUUAAUGCCCCCAAGAAUAAUGGUGUUAAUCUUGUCAACCGACUGGCAGGUGGAAGUCACCUUGGAGCCCAUGCAGACCAACCUAGUGACUGAGGUGGGCUGCAGCCCUGCCCACACCCCCGACGUCAUCCCUCUGCUGGCCAGUUGCCCCUGAGUUCGCAGGAGGGCCCUCUCUCCUCAAGUGUAGGUUUUGGAGCAAGAGCUUGUGAGAAACCCACACCCUGCCUCCUUCUGACCUUCAGUUCACUUUGUCACCCUUGGAAAAGGCUGUUUUUCUUUAACUAAAAAUAACUGAAAUGCUUA